GUGACACACACACUCCCUCAGUGUAAUGUUUGACCCACUCAGAAAUGGACAUGAAACUCUUCAUCUUAUCAGUGUUUUUGGUGUUUGCAAGAGGACAAGGGAAACCAAGGGUGUCCCUGUUUCCAGGGUUCCCCCCUAGCCGUCUGUACGUGGCUGAUGAGGUCACUCUGAGGUGUAAGGAUGGCGACACUGUUCUCAACAAUGAUGUAAAAUGGGAAAAAGAUGGAGUCCAGCUCUCCGACAACAUUCGAAAUGGCAAGUUAGAAAUUGCUGCGGCGACGGUCUCGGACUCAGGGAGGUACACCUGUGAGAGUGGAGGCAAGAAGAGUGAUGAAGUGGAGAUCAAAGUGCUGGACAUGGUGCCCCUGGCAUCGCUCUCUGUUUUAAACAGAGCGAAGACUGUUCUAGGUAAAGGAGGUGCGGUUCUCAUGGAGCUCUACGUGGAGGAGGGGCUGAAGGACUGGUGGUGUCGUUAUACAGAAGGUGACGGUGAAAAGUGGCUCCCUUUGCUGCCAGAGAAGUGGACGAACAACCACAGUGUGGUCAUACACGCUGACGUUGAACAUGUAGGCGACAGGAUCUUCUGGUGCAUGAACACCAAGGCGAGACCAAAGGAGGAGCGUCCACGCAGUAACGCCGUCAAGCUCACAGCUACAGAGAAAAUGGUGAUGCUGCAGAUAUCCCAGAGGCCAGCGUGGUCGGGUGAUACUGUCUCUCUGAGCUGUGAUGUGUGGGGUGGUGCACAGGUGGACAAGGCUGUGUUUUUUAAGGAUGGAACAGAAAUCGAAAAGGGUUCCAAGGAUAAAUAUGACAUCUCAAAUGUCGCCAAAUCCAGCGAAGGCGCGUACACCUGCAGCGCCACCUACAGGUUCACCCACAUCAGUGAAACUGCAGCGACCUAUAGCAACUUGCCCUCUGAUCAACAGGUUCUCAGAGUCAUAGACGGUCCUCCUAUGGCCCACCUGGACUGUAACAGUCUGUACUGUAAGUGCCAGAAGUGUAGAAAUUCUCAUUCCUACCGCUGGCAUUACACUCCCCCUGGAGAAACACGAACAGUGGUACUGCAGGAUUCUGAUAACCGCAUCAGCCCUAAAAAGGAUGGGUCGUACACCUGCUCUGCCAAAUUUGAGGGGAUAGGCCAGUCCCGCCACAGCAACGAGUGUAUCCUGAAAGAGGAUGGAGGCGACGGACCCAACCUCAUGCUGAUCGUGGUGGUGCUGCUUGUCGUGGGGUUUCUGCUGCUGUUGCUGGGAGUGUAUAUAUAUAGAAAGGGUAGAAGACAGAAGAAGAUGGAGGCGGGUGCGGACGGAGGAUACGAGGAGGUCGGCGCUCAGAAGAAAGGGGCUGGGACAGGGGGCGAGUACGAGCUCCUCAAGCGCAGUGAGGAAGACAAAGAGAAAGCCCAGUACGACACCCUGAAAGGUCAGGGUAAGGGUCAGGGUGAGGGAGGGUAUGAACCUCUAAAGGUUGGUCAGUCUGGGGGUGAUGUUUACCACACUCUAAAGGAACAAGGUCAGGGAGAGGGUGGGUACGAGGCUCUGAAGACGGCUCAGGCUGAGGUCUACCACACUCUAAAGGAAGGUCAGGAUGAGGGAAAGGGGGAAUACCAGGCUCUGAAGACCGGUGAGGGUGAAAGUGCAGUUUACCACACUCUAAAAGACCAGGCUCAGGGUCAGGCUGAGGGCAAAGGGGAGUAUGAGGCUCUAAAGACCACUCAGGCUCAGGUCUACCACACCCUGGGCCAAAAGCAGGAGUCAGGACAAGCGGAGGGGCAAAAGGCAAAAGAUGAAAGUCCAUACGAGGAACUCAAAGCUGAGAAAAAAGAGAAAGAGGCUGAGUGAGUGACCUUUACUUAACCACUGUUUGAGGGCAUUAAAAUAGAAAAAGGUAAAAAGGACCCAAAGACAAUUUGAUGAGACAGUUUUCCACAGACACUUUGCUCUUUAAAUAUGAUAUUAGAUGAUAUUAGCAGCCUUAAAGAUUAAUUCCAACAAAGUGUCCACAUAACUGGGUGUUUUAGAUGUAAACAGAGAGAUUCAGAGUGGUUUGGUGUGAAAUGGUUCAGAUGUCUUUACAGUGGUGGUGAUAGGAACCAGGGGU